AUGAGCAGCGGCUACCUCCAGCGUUUUGCCAGAUAUCUGGAAUGUCUGGCAGCCGACUAUGAAGCUGCCGUCGUACUAUGGUGCCAUUUGAUUGAGGAGGAGACGCACCCCCGUUAUGAGAGCAUAGGGCUUAGAGCAUAUCACCAGGCUGCCGUAUCACCACCUCCCACUUGGAUGCCGCCAGAAGGUCCCUUUCUCCAGACACGAACCGUCGAGCUAACCGAGUCUUUCAAGCAGCGCUCGAGAGCUGUAUGGGCCGAGUUUCCAGACCCAAAGCCGCGGACAAUUACCAAGGCUGAGCCAUGGCUCAGAGUUUUGGGUGAAGCAGGCAUCGAAAGAGACGGAGAACUCGCACUCCUUUACAUCGUGAGAGUAACAGAAUUCUUUGAAAAUGACAACCCUAGGGGCGCAAUUCCACGGCUCCCGCCGAUCAUCCAGUCUGCAAUUGCCAAGCGUCCUUGA